AUGGCCUCUCCUUCGAAAAGCCAUCCACGACCUGCUGCUCUUCCCUCCAAAUCCGCUCUGCCGCCGCCACGAGAUCCGCAAGGCAUUGGAGAGACAAUUGGUGAUAUCGAACACCCAGACAUAGAGGGACACGAAUUGGCAGAGCAGGUGUACGCAAGCGCCAAGCAUUCCUGGAUUGAGAAGAACCUCGGGGAUAAGAAACACGGCAGCGAGCCUGGGGUGGAAUGGGCUCACGAGGAGCCGGAGGAGGAGGAGGAAGAACAAGCCGCCGCGCAAAUGGAGGGGCGAGCAGAGCCUCUCCUCGGCGACUCACGACCACACUGUUCUGAUGAUGACACCCCUCGCAUCGACCGCCCAUCUGAAGGCAAUAAGGCUCACGGCGGUGCUUGUCGCGACUCAUUCGAAGCGGAGGAACAGCCCAGGACAACAACCCAGUCCUUCGCAGGUCCAAGCCGAGCACCGAACCGGCAGGGACAUUUUCACGGCACGAACUUCAACGACCAACUUCAACUGACAGAGGAAAGCAUCAGUAAGGAGGUUGCGCCUGGCAACCUUUAA